AUCCUGCCUCACCCCACCUCGGGACACAGGUGGGACCCCCUUCCAGUCCUGAACCCCAGGCGCGGGGCCACCCAGGACUGCGCAACAGGGCGCAGAAGGUUGGGUGACCCGGCGGCCGAGUGGGGCGGCACCUGAGGAGAGCCACGCAACUUCUCCCGGCCUCCUGCCACUUUGGAAACUGCCUGGGACUACGACAUCAACCCCUUAAGCUCCGGAGCCCGAGCCGGAGAGAGAGGGUGGGUUGGUUUGAAAGACCUAAGAGGAAAAAAAUGUGUCGAGGGGCGGGCUUAGUUUCCCACCCUCUUCCCCCUUCCCGAGCAAAUUAAAAACAAAACAAACAGAAAAGCCAGCUCGCCAGCCAACCAAAGCCCCGAGCCGAGCCCCAGCCGAAGCACUCAUUUAAAAGGAUUUGCAGUGCUGAGGGGAAAACCAGAUCGGACCGAGGAAUCUUUCUGCAAACCCAGGUCUGCAAGGUCUACAGAACUGCCAGGUCUCUGAUGACAUCAGCGUUGCCGUUUGGUGUCAGAGUUCAUUCCAUUUCACCCGUUGACAACCUUGUCCCAGCGUCUGAUAUCCAGGGCGGUGCAUCUCUCUGAAGUAAGAUGAUUUGCCAGAAAUUCUAUGCGGUCUUGGUACACUGGGAGUUUCUUUAUGUGCUAGCUGCACUUAACCUGGCACAUCCAGCCUCUCCCUGGAGAUUUAAGUUGUUCUGUGCGCCACCAAACACAACCGACAGCUCCCUUCCCUCACCUGCUGCGAUCGCCAAGGACGCCUCCGCCCUGCGUGAGGGCUCUGAAGCCGUUGUUGAAGCUAAAUUUAAUUCCACUGGUAUCUACAUUUCUGAGUUAUCCAAGACAGUUUUCCACUGUUGCUUUGGGAAUGAACAAGGGAAACACUGCUCCGUGCUCACCCACAACAGUGAAGGGAAGACGCCGGCUUCGGCGGUGAAGGCUUUAAUUUUUCGCCGGCUGGGUAUAAACUGGGACAUAGAGUGCUGGAUGAAAGGGGACUUGACGUUAUUCAUCUGUCAUAUGGAGCCAUCACUUAAGAACCCCUUCAAGAAUUAUGACUCUAAGGUCCAUGUUUUAUAUGAUCUGCCUGAAGUCAUAGAUUAUUUGUCUCUGGCCCCACUGAAAGACAAUUUUCAGACUGUCCAGUGUAACUGCAAUGUCCAGGAGUGUGAAUGCCGUGUGCCGGUACCAAGAGCCAAACUCAACUACUCUCUUCUGAUGUAUUUGGAAAUCACGUCUGCUGGUGUGAGUGUUCAGUCGCCUCUAAUGUCAGUGCAGCCCAUGCUUGUUGUGAAGCCUGAUCCACCAGUAGGUUUACGUAUGGAAAUCACAGACGACGGUAACUUAAAGAUUUCUUGGAACAGCCCAACAGCGGCACCAUUUCCACUUCAAUAUCAAGUGAAAUAUUCAGAGAAUUCAACAAUUAAAAGAGAGGCUGCUGAAAUUGUCUCAGCGGCAUCCCUGUUGGUCAACAACGUGCUUCCUGGAUCUUCCUAUGAGGUCCAGGUGAGGAGCAGGAGACUGGAUGGCUCAGGAGUCUGGAGUGACUGGAGUUCACCUCAGGUCUUUACCACACAAGACGUCAUGUACUUCCCACCCAAAAUUCUGACAAGCGUUGGGUCGAAUGCUUCCUUUCACUGCAUCUACCGAAAGGACAACCAGAUUAUCUCCUCAAAGCAGAUAGUCUGGUGGAUGAAUCUGGCUGAGAAAAUCCCUGAGAAACAGUACAGCAUUGUGAGUGACCACGUUAGCAGAGUGACUUUUUCCAACUUGAAAGCCACCAGACCACGCGGGAAGUUCACGUACGACGCGGUAUACUGCUGCAAUGAGCAAGAGUGCCAUCACCGCUAUGCCGAAUUAUACGUGAUUGAUGUCAAUAUCAAUCUAUCAUGUGAAACUGAUGGGUACUUAACUAAAAUGACUUGCAGAUGGUCAGCCAGCACAAUCCAAUCACUUGUGGGAAGCACUGUGGAGUUGAGGUAUCACAGGAGCAGCCUGUAUUGUUCGGAUAGUCCAUCUAUUCAGCCUACGUCCGAACCCAAAAACUGCACCUUGCAGAGGGAUGGCUUUUAUGAAUGUGUUUUCCAGCCGAUCUUUCUAUUGUCUGGCUAUACAAUGUGGAUCAGGAUCAAUCAUUCCCUAGGUUCACUUGAGUCUCCACCCACGUGUGUCCUUCCUGACUCUGUAGUAAAACCGUUACCUCCAUCUAGUGUGAAAGCAGAAAUUACUGUAAACAUUGGAUUACUGAAAAUAUCUUGGGAAAAGCCAGUCUUUCCAGAGAAUAACCUUCAGUUCCAGAUUCGAUAUGGCUUAAAUGGAAAAGAAAUACAAUGGAAGAUACACGAGGUAUUGGAUGUAAAAUCAAAGUCAGCCAGCCUGCCGGUGCUGGACCUCUGUGCGGUCUACGUGGCACAGGUGCGCUGCAGGCGGUCGGAUGGACUGGGGUACUGGAGCAACUGGAGCAGGCCAGCCUACACGCGCAUCAUGGAUGUGAAAGCUCCCCUGAGAGGACCUGAGGUUUGGAGACUAAUGGAUGGCGAUGUUACUAAAAAGGAGAGAAAUGUCACCUUGCUUUGGAAGCCCCUGAGGAGAAAUGACUCAAUGUGCAGCGUCAGGAGGUAUGUGGUGCAGCACCGCACCGCCCACAACGGGACGUGGUCAGAAGACGCAGGCAAUCAGACCAACCUCACUUUCCUGUGGGCAGAGCAGGCGCACGCUGUUACGGUUCUGGCCAUCAAUUCCAUCGGUGCCUCCCUUGCAAACUUUAACCUGACAUUCUCACGGCCCAUGAGUAAAGUGAGUGCUGUGCAGUCACUCAGUGCUUACCCCCUGAGCAGCAGCUGUGUGGUCCUGUCCUGGACACUAUCACCUGGUGAUUACAACCUACUGUACCUGAUUAUUGAAUGGAAGAAUCUUAAUGAAGAUGAUGGAAUGAAAUGGCUUAGAAUCCCUUCGAACGUUAAGAAGUAUUAUAUCCAUGAUAAUUUCAUUCCCAUUGAGAAGUAUCAGUUUACUCUUUACCCUGUAUUUAUGGAAGGAAUUGGAAAACCAAAGAUAAUUAAUGGUUUCACCGAAGAUGAUGUUGAGAAGCAGAAGAAUGACGCGGGGCUGUAUGUGAUUGUGCCCAUAAUUAUUUCCUGUUGUGUCCUGCUGCUUGGAACACUGUUAAUCUCACACCAGAGAAUGAAAAAAUUGUUUUGGGAAGAUGUUCCAAACCCCAAGAAUUGUUCCUGGGCACAAGGACUUAAUUUCCAAAAGGUACCCACAGAUGCCUGAAGAAGGCAUAAGAUGCCCCAGAGCUGGAAUUGACAGUUGUGAGCUGCCUGACAAAGGUUCUGGGAAAUGAACUCAGGUCCUCUGGGAGAGGAAGCACUGUUAGCUGCUGAUUCAUCUCUCCAGUCCCAAAAAUGUAGAAAAGCAAAAAAAAAAAAAAAAAAAAAAAAAAAAAUUCCUUUUUACCAUUGCAAAUACUAUACUUUCUCAUUUUCAGUAUUUGUCAUCAUGGGCAUAACAAAGAUACCUAUUAAGAAUAAAUUAAUAUGCAAGGUGGUGGUGGCACAUGCCUUUAAUCCCAGUACUCAGGAGGCAAAGGCAGGUGGAUAUCUGUGAGUUUGAGUUUGGGGCCAGCUAGGUCUACAUAGUGAGUUCCACCAGGGCUACACAGAGAAACCCUGUCUCAAAAUAAACAAAAAGAAAGAAAGAAACAGUGACAAGACAGGCUGAAAGCUUAGCAGCUUGCUCUGACCACAUACCUAACAAGACCUUAUAAAAACUUGGAUUCAAACCCAGGUUCCUUUGACGAAGUGAUAGCCUUGCCAUGAAUAUUAAUGUUGUGUCCCCUAAUGUGGUUAAUAUUCACUAAAUCACACACUCAAAGAUAGAUGAGAUGAUCAAUUAAUUGUAUGUUACAUAUAUUUUUACACAAUUAAAAACUGUAGGUAAAGAUCUGACUAGGCAUUUUAUAUUUCUAAAGACCAUAUAUGUGAAAGACAAAAUUGCCUUUGUAUUUACAAGUGAACACGUGAUUAGCAUCUUUAAAUAUCAUGGAAAUGCGAAACCAUGGGGCACACUCCACAGAUUAUGGGAUGUCCAUCAUAGAAAGGAUGGAAACACUAGACAGCAGAGACACUGAGGCUUUCAGACUGCUUGCUAGGAUGUAAGAGAGUCUGGCAGUUUUUCUCAGCUUAAAUCAGGACCCAGCAAUCUACCCUAACAUUACUUCCAAAAGAAUGAUGCAACUUACAUAUGAAUAUUUACUCAUGAAUAUUCAUAAAAGAAUUAUCAAUAAUAGCCAGAACUUGAAAAAAUCAAAAUGGCCUCCAAAUGAUAAAUGAAUGACAAAAUAUGGUAUAUCCAAUCCAAAACCCAAAAACCAAAAAAACCAACAAAGGAAUAGAUAGGCAAAUAUACUUCCUAGGACACACUGUAAAGCAAACAGCCAAUGGGAACCCAUUAAAUUUUUUUUUCAAAUUCAGUAAUUUUAAAGUAUAUUUUUAAUAUUUAAAUAGUGUAUAUUUUAAUACAAAAUUUUCCUUUGAUCUGUUCUUCGAAUCCUGAUGUGAAGGAACAGUGCUGUUUACAAAUGUGCUGUGUACCUGUAAGUCCUAGGCAUCUAAUCUCAUCUCUAAAAUUUCCCUAAAAUUAAUUCCCUCCAGUUUUUGAACACUUUGCUUUCCUUCGGUUUAUAAUAUGUCAAAAGCUGAACUGUCUUAAUCACUAUUUUCUUGCCGUGAAGAGACACCAUGGCCAAGGCAACUCUUAUGAAAGAAAGUAUUCAAUGAGGGGCUUGCAUACAGUUUCAUCAUGGUGGCUAAUGUGGCAGGCAGCCAUGGUGCUGGAGAGGUAGCUGAGAGCUUUACAUUCUGAGCCACAGGUAACAGUCAGGAAGAGACUGGUGUGGGCUUUUGCAAUCUUGGAGCUCACCUCCAAUGACACACCUCCUCUCACAGUGUCACACUUACCUCCUGAUCCUUCUAAUCCUUCUCAAGCCAUUCAUCAGCUGAGAACUAAGUAUGCAAAUAUAUGAGCCUGUGGAGGCAAUUUUCAUUCAAACCACCACAUUCUGCUCCCCGGCCCCCCAUAAGCUUGUUGCUGUAUCAUGAUGCAAAAUGCAUUCAGUCCAGCUUCAAACGUCUUCGUAGUCUCCACAUUCCAAAGUCGUAAGUCACUGUAACCCUCUGUAACAUCAUAAUAAAAAAAAAAGUAGAUCAUUUAUUUCCAACAUACAAUGACACAGACUAUGUAUUACCAUUUCAAAAGGGAAGAACAGAGGCAUAGUGAGGAAAUAUUUCAGGACUGAAACCCAGCAGAACAAACACCAAAUUCUGCAUCUCCGUGUCUGAUGUCAAAGGGCUCUUCAGAUUGCCAAGUCCCUUUAGCUUCAUUGACUGCAACACCUCUCUCUUGGGCUGGUCCCAAGCCAUGUCUUCAGCUCUUCUUGGCAGGUAUCCAAUGACUCUAGCACUUCCUACAGCUUGAGGUCUCCAACACAAUCCAGGCUUCACCUUCACAGCUUCACACGAUGGUGCCUCCGGGCCUCCAUGCAGGGGACUGACUACCCUGUCAAAUGCCUGGUCUAGGUGCUUUUCCUUCAUCUUGGAUUUUAUAACUUUUUUUUUUUUUUAAAUCCUUUACUCUAAAGCUGAAGCUGCCAAGUUCUUCUGCUUGCUGGGGCUGCCACUUGGGCAGCUUUCAGUUGUCAAUGGAUUCCUUUUCUCCUUAAGCUUUCCUUUAAUUCCUUUUCGUAAAUUGGAAAUUUAGCUGAUCUUUCCCUGAGGUUACUACUCCCUUUAUUCUAUUUAGCACCAAACUAAAUAGAAUAGUUUCUUAAACCUUUUUCUCUCCUUGAGCUCAGGACUCUAACAUCGCCUCUCUUGCUUGCUCUUUUUCUCCUCAAACUGCAUAUUUUGUAUUCCUCCUUGCCUCACUUGCUCGAUUUUUAUUGUAGAUCAGUGUAAGGGUGAUCACUAAUAGCCAGGCAACACUAGGCUGUCCUGAAAUCUUCUCUGCCAAUGCCAUUAAUCUAAAACUUUUCAGUUUUAGCCCCCAGAUCAGAUUUGUAGGACAAGGGCAGAAAGUAGCCUCAUUCAUCGCCAAAAUUCUACAAGACACUGACAGACCUCUUCCAACAAGGUUACACCUCGUUCAACAAGGCAAUAUCUCCUGAUCCUUCUAAUCCUUCUCAAACAGUUCAUUCAACCUGGGACUAAGCAUGCAAAUAUAUGAGACUAUGAGGCCCAUCUUCAUUCAACCAUAUAUACUAAACUAUACAAUUUAAAGGUACAAAAGCCAAGUGUUAUAACUUGAUCAUUACAUUUCUUGCUGGCUCCAGUGUCAAAGAAGAAAUUUUAAAAAUGAGAAGCCUUCCAUUUGAUCAAUUAAAUCUAUUUCAAUUGGCCUAAUUUUCUCCUUUUAGGGUUUCUCCUUUUGUUCCUAAACUUUCUACCUAUCUACCUCCCUACUUUCUAUGGUCUGUCUGCCAUCCUAACCUUGUGUGUUUCUAUUAUAUACAUUUUCUUACCCAGUUCCUGUCUUCAUUUGGAGACUUUACUGCAGUGACCCAUGCCCAGAAACCCCCUUGUCACACCCUACCCCAUCCCUACCCUCAUCUCUAUUAGACUUCAGUAAAAAAAAAAGUUGUAGGUCAUCACUCUGCAAUGUUCAGGCACUGGCUUCUAGUCAGAGCUGUUUCCCACAUUUCUUUUCCUCCUCAUCCUUGAUUAGAUAGCCUCCUUGUGUGGCAAACCACUCUCCGUGUGUCUCUGUCUUAGGGUUUUUAAGAGCUACCAUGACUAUGACAACUCUUAUAAAGGAAAGGAUUUAAUUGGGGCUGGCUUACAGUUCAGACACUUAGUCUGUUGUCAUAGAGGGAUGCAUGGUGGCAUGCAGGCAGACAUCGUGCUAAGAGAAGUAGCUUAAGGUUCUACAUCCGGACCCUCAGGCAGCAGAAAGAGAGAGUGACACUGGGCCUAGCUUGAGCAUUUGAGAUCUCAAAGGCCACCUGUAGUGACAGACUUCCUUCAACAAGGCCAAACCUCCAACUAGUGCCACUUCCUAUGGGCCCAUGGGGGCCAUUUUCAUAUAAGCCACCAUAGUCUCCUUUUCUUUCCGUCUGUCCUGCCUGAUAGUUGAUGGAAUAUGGAUUUCUUUCCAGGCAGCCAUUCUUGCCUGACUCUCUGGAAGCUGAUGUUAUGUUUGGAUAGUCUGGUGGACACAAAACGUUUUCUGCCCUUGCUGGUUCCUUGUAGUUUUCUCUUUUGAAAAACAUUCUAGGUUUGAUGCUUGGAAAUUUGCUGAUUAGAGUAGUUUUUUCGUUUGACUUAAGAGUUUCAACCUUGUCUCCUGUCAGUAUCAAGAAAUUCCACUAUUUCCUUGAUCAUCUCUUUCCUCGUGACUUUUUCUCUUUGUCAUCUCCAUAUUUGUCGGCUCUUGCACCCUCUUUCAUAGCUGUUUUUUUGUUUUGUUUUUUGAGACAUUAUUGAUUUCCACUUUCCAGUAGGGCUGUGGGACUGUUACAAAGCAUGGCUUUAUCUUCACUGCUGAGUGAAGGGUCAGAGCCUUCUGUUCUGGUUUCAUGUCUUGGUCUUGGAGAGGUGGCAAUUUUAGAACUUUUGCUUUAAAAUUCUCUUCUAUUCCAUGAAAUCUGUUUCUGUGAAGCUGUGGCUUGGCUUUUAUUACCUCAGAAUCUCCCCCAAAUGUCUUGCAGUCCUUUGCUUUCCACUAAUGUGGGAUGAGGCGGAAGGGUGGGUGAUUUAGUGCUACCCUGUGUGUAUACUUUUCAUUCCAGACACCCGUACUCUGAGAUAGCAGUACUACACUGCUAAGCUCUUCCUCCUUCCAGUGGCUUUAAGGACAAACCCUUGCUUUGGACACAUAGACUAACUCUUAUGCAAAGGCCUUUUACCUGCUAUUUCUACACUCAUUAUCCCUUCCAUGUUCAUCGGGGCUGAGUAGCUUUCUCUGCAGUUGCUGAGAUGGAGCAUGGUCUGGUCUUCAAGCUCCCUUUGCUCAUUUUCUCUUACUUGUAUUCCUCUAAUUGUUCACCCCAGUUAAGAGUUGAAUUUGAGUCGUUCAUUGCAUACUUUCUUUCCCAGGUCAUGUGCACUUGAUUUAUUCUCAUUCUGGCAUCCUAACAGUUUCCAGGGAUGAGAGCAGCAAGUAUAUCCAUUCUACCCUCUGAAAUCAGAAUCCUCUGUGGCCUUCCUCUGUGUGCCCAAGAAUCAGAUUCCUAGAGACUGAACCCUUGAUGCUGGAAAAUGUGUUUCAGCAUAAAUUCAAAACACUAGUUUUUUUGUAAUUCCAAUUUCAUAGUAUAAAAAGCUUCAAUCUUCCUCAAUUUAUUUUGCAUUUUUGCUUAUUAUUUUUCAGCUAAAUCCAAAAAUAGUUUACAUCUGUUUUAUUUCAACUUUAAUUUGUUUCAUGCUAUCCCAUUUUUUAAAAAAAUUAUAAACUUUCUCAUUAAAAAAUUUUGCAAUAAACAAAACCACCACAUACCAAAAUGAACCAGACCAUAAAUUUAUACAAUUAAGUGAACUCUAUGCAGUUAGAAUUGGCAAUUGAAAUGAAAGCUAUAAAGCUUCACAAUAAAUUAUUUGUUUUACAGUAUUCUAAGUGUUCCUUUCUCUCCUUUCUCUCAUCUCUCUUCCUAUCUCUCUUCCUUUUUCUCCAUUCUGCUCUUCCCCCACCCCCAAGCCCCACUCUCUUCACCCCCAACCCUCUUCUUUUGUGCACAUUCAUUUCCAUUUUGCAACAUCAAACUAAACAACUCACUUUAUGAAGGCUAAGUCUAAAACUAAGAGCCAUGGGGAACUUUUUUCUGAGACCUAAAGGGUUCCUAGACGUUUGACAUGCUGUAGGGCUCUAGGCAGGCAGCCUAACCACUGUAGACCUGGCUCAGAAGCCUCUAGAAACAGCUAGAGUCUCCUUGGAAAUGUGUGGAAGAACAGGCUAAUUUUUGGAGUCAGAGUUUUAUUUAGAGACAGCCAAUCUCUGUCAUCCAUAGCUCUGGCAUAACCUUGUGCGGCUCACUCUCUUUUAUUUUCUUUUUCUUCAUAGUCUCAGGUAAUAAGAGCCAGGAGAGACUAUGACCUAAUCAGGUUAGGUCGACCUCAGUGUUCAGGCAGAGGGUAACGAAGGUCACUUUUCUUUCUGCUCAUGUUCAGAAGUGUUUUUAUCUUUCACUGUAUUGUAAAAAGAACUAAGCCAGUGUCUUCACUUUGCUCUAGUUAUCUGUAUAAUCUUAACCUAAUAGUCUUGCAGGCUUCAUUCAACCCAUGGCCCAAGGAAAGGAAGAGACUUGAAUCAGAAGAUUUCUUAAAAAAUGGAUUUUAAAAAAGUUUAUGAUAAGAACAGAAUCUCUGUGAUUACACUCUUGACUAUCACAUUACUUUAAUUUCUCAAAAAUCAGCAUCCAAACUGGUCAGUGGUGGUGCAUGCUUUUAGUCCCAGCACUUUGGAGGCAGAGACAGGUGGGUCUCUGAGUUCUAGGCCAGUCUGGUCUACAGAGUGAAUUCCAGGACAGCUAAGACUAUACAGAGAAACCCUGCCUCAAAAAACCAAUAAAAUAAUAAUAAUAAUAAUAAUAAUAAUAAUGACAGCAUCCAAGAUCAUUGUGGCAUUGUUGAAUAAUGUCUAUUUUAGUCUUUUCUCUUCUUCUCACUCAACCCUUACUGUUUCCCACCCUCAAGCUCUUCAGUAUUAUUGUUGAUUUUAUCCCCCUUUUAUUCAUUGAGCCCUUGUUGUUUUACCUAUUCUGUUAUUGCUAUUGUUAUCUUCCAUGCUGGAGUGAUCAACCUGUCGUUAGAGUGUCUAUGCCAUCCAGGAUGGGAGUGAGAAAAGUCCCUCUAGAUACUGGCCCUCCCCUAUCCUAAGGGCAUCACUGCAAUAUAACACAGGAACACAAUGCCUGCGACCACGCAAAGACAAGGGGUUGGAAAUCUUUUAUCUUUGGCUUUCUGGAAUGACCUUUUUAUUUUGGUUUCUUAUUUUUGUUCUAUUUUUAUUU